ACGGACCACAAUGCGAAAUGUUCUGUUCGGCCAUCCAUCUUGAUAAUAAAGCCAGUCCUCGACCAAUCGGACGCAUGGACCGACGUCGCGAAGGAUUUAAAAUUCGAAGCGCAAAAUGCGAACAUUAAUUCGAAUUUUGAAAAAAUGGAUGUAAACUCCGUGUGCUUGUGUGUUCUAGUUUUAAGUUUAGAAUUUGUGUGUGGCCAGUACUCGAGUUCGCCUUGCCCUGGCAUUUUUGACUAUGAAAGUGAUGGGUACCAAGUGUACGGGAAAAUUGUUUUAAGGCCAGUGGAGCCUGUGGCUAAUUUAGUAGUUAGAAUUAAUUUUACUGUUGCUGCUCAAUUAUUUAGUAAUUACGUAGGCCGUUUAGAAGCGCUGGACAGCACCCACCUCCUGCAGAAGUACAACCAGGGUCAGGCUGUGAGCUACAUGGUGCAUUUCCCCGUGACUUCUCCACUGCCGAAGCUGACUGCACUCACUGUGAACGGGGAUGUUGUAUGCUAUGGGCCUGGAGAUAUACCCAGACCGAACCAGUACGUCACGACCCUAAGUCUUCAACACACGUCAUUCCUGCAAGGCAAUGGGCCAGUCUACAACAACUUCCAGCAUCAGCCACAGCACAGACCACAGAGGCCCCCAGACCAUGUGAUAGAUGAUGACGAUGCCACUGCUCAUAUCUAUACUUUCAAUAAUAUUGAUCCUACUUGGACUACUGGAAACUCCCCGUAUUACGUGGUAAACAACUCCAGUCCCUUUUCUCAAUCAACCCAGCAGUACCAGCCACCCACCCAACAAGUAUUCCAGUCCAACAGACCAGUCUACGACCAAUAUGAGCAGAGUGUGCCAUUCCAAGUGACGACGCGAAGACCAGUCACCUACAGACCUAAUACUCCUGUGUUCGAGCAAAUGACGAAGAGGCCGACUUAUGAGCCUCCGGCAACAAGGCCUACUGAGUUCAAUAAUAAUAACUUCUAUAGUCCUGAUCGCGUGUCUCCAACGGCUAGGCCUACGGCAACCAGCCCAGACCAACGUUUCUCAAAUGGUCAAACCAGAAUUGAUGGCUGCGGCGAAGUGGCUGGUGGUAACGAGAGAGUGCCUCUGAUCUACAACGGACAGUCAUACCCAAGGGGUGAUAUCCCGUGGCUCGUGGCUAUCUACAAGAGUGAAGCAGCCACUCUAAGAUUCAUUUGCGGUGGAACUCUUGUGUCUGAUCGCCAUGUUCUAACUGCUGCCCACUGCAUGCAGCGUCGUGGCGAGUCCACCCACAUGAAGGACAUAGUAGUCAAGGUUGGAGUACACAACCUGAACGACUGGAGCGAUGACAUCACGGUCACUAGGACACUCAUGACUGCAGCUAUACAUGAUGCGUUUAAUCCUGCUACACUUCAAAAUGACAUCCUCAUCGCCACGAUGAACAAGCGUGUGACGUUCAAUACGUACAUCCGACCAGCUUGUCUGUGGGGAGACGACACUGAUCAGUCACGUGUUGUUGGAGCUACUGGAAUUGUGGCCGGUUGGGGUGACCAAGGAGUGGGCGGCGUGGGCAAGCAAGGCGAGCCGCACAUGGUGCGCAUCCCCAUCGUCAGCACCAAGGACUGCCGCGCCAGCAAGCCCGACUUCCACAAGAUCACCUACGACACAACGCUCUGUGCUGGAGACAGAAACGGCUCAGGCCCCUGCAUAGGAGACUCCGGCGGAGGCCUAUAUCUACUAGACGGAGGCAAGUGGAGGCUCCGGGGCAUAGUCUCAGUGUCCCUUCGAGCAGCCAACGGCGACAACACUUGUAACCUCAACGAGUACAUCGUUUUCACUGACACGGCCCAAUACUUGUCGUGGAUCAAAAAGAUAUUAGCCGAAAAGCAUUUUGAUUAAUAAAUAUAGUAUUGUUUUAUUUUUCUUUAAGACUGGUACUAUAGUGAAUUGAAACAAGAUUUGUCCUUGCUGAACUUACGUCUGCUUUCAGCUCCGAAUCUAAUGUAUGAAGAAAUCCUUAAGUCCAGAUUUGACUAUAAUAUAACAGUUUUGGAGACGAUUUGUAAUUUUCAUUGCUGGGACAUUUAGUUAAACGCUUCUCUUUUGUUUUGUAAUAGUAGAUUAAACAUUGGUCAGCUCAAAAUGUGCUAUAUCUGCUCAGUUAGGUGUAAAAUAAAUUAAUUAUACAUUAAGUAUACAUUUAAGUCCACAGUUGCUUAUGACAAUAAAUACUUAGUUUUGUAAGAAAGUUAUAAUAAGAAUGACAAUAAAACAUGUGUAUUAUUAAAAUUACUUUAUUUCUAAUUCAAAUCUUGCCACUCUAGGUACAGUUGGUUGUCUCACUUUUUUUACCAAUUCCACCAAUUUGUAUUAAAAUGCGAGGUGCCGUAUGAAGCAGCGAAAAGAUGGGCAAAUAAGCUUAAUUAUUGUUCAAAGCUAAUCUACCUAUUUCACAACAGCCAUAUUUAACAAAAUAUAAUUAUAGGUACGUAGAUUAAGUUUAGACAAUAAAUUAUUGCUAUGUCUGACUCGCCAAUAAAUAAAUUAUGCAA